UGUCUGAGCAACUUCUUCUUUUCUUUAUCUUCUCUUUGUGCGCUUUGCCUGACACUCUACAUAAAACAUCUUCUGUGAGCUAAACAAGUGAAACACUGAAUUGAAAUGCUGCAAGUUAUUCUGGUUCUCCUGCCUGGUGUUGUCAGUGCUGAGUGGAAUGUGAAUUAUCCUCCUCCGAUCUGUGCUGCGAGGGGAUCCGAUGCCACUAUUGGCUGUAAUUUUACAUAUCCACAGGGGCAACAAGUUCAGAAACUGCUAUGGUGUUCAAUGACAUCAAACCAUGACAAGUGUUAUAAUAAACCAUAUGUUUAUGAUAGUGAAGCCAACAAUAAUCAAAGCAACUUUCAGUACAUUGGAGACAAAACCUCAGAUUGUUCUCUUUUGAUCAGUAAUAUUAAUCAAACACAUUCUGGAGUUUAUAAAUUCAGAUUUAUAACCAGUGAGAACAGUUGGACAGGUAAUCCUGGAGUGAACAUUUUAGUACACGAUUUAAGAGUGUCCAUGAGCAGGUCAAGAGAAAAUGGAAGCACAAUAGUUGGAGACUCUUUGAAUUUGACAUGCACACUCAAGUGUGGUGAUUUAGCUGAGGCUCAGUGGUUUAAGAAUGGUGAUCUGAUUCAACAGUCAGACCCUGUCCUCACCUUCAGCAGAGUAACUGCUCAAGACUCUGGGAAUUACUCUUGUUCUUUGAGAAACUUUAAAACUACUGUAUCUGAAGAAUUUACCAUUUACAUUGAAGAUGUUGCCGGGUCCCCAACAGUUCUGAUUAUUGUAAUGUCUUUAUUCUCACUUGUUUUCAUCGCUGCAGCUGUGAUGCUUAUAAGAAGAAGGAAAGCAAAAACUCAAAAAAAAACAGUGGAAGAAAGAGAAGAAGCCCAGGAUUCUGUUUACAGCACUCCUCCAAAAACUGCUUACGCAAACCUACCGGAAGCCAAGGAUGUACAGCAGGAAGAUGAAGUAGAAUAUUCAUCUGUCAGCAUUAAACCCAAAGAACUGCUUCAAAUGUCUGCAAACACAGAGCAGCAGGACGAUUCAACCAUCUACAGCACAGUGAUGAACGGUUAAUCAUAUACAUUCAGCUGUCAAGAUACAGAUUUGUACUGCAACAUGUGCCUACUAUGUUUGUGUGUGUGUGGUUUUACCUCUAAAAAUUUCAGAUGAACUGUCUCUGGCUAGUUCCCUUUCUUAUAAAAAUAUAAAUGUGCUUCAUUUGAACAGAAUUACACUGAUAAAAGCAUUUUGUGGCAGCUGCGUUGAGAGUAGACAGAAUGAGAAAGCUUCUCGGAUAAGCAUUGCUUGAUACAAAGAACAGUAAAAACAAACGUCAAAGAGUACAGAAAGACUUUAAAACGUUAUAAAUAUGUUAAUAAAUUAAUUAAAUUAAAGGGAUAGUUCACCGAAAAGAAAAAAAAAAAUGUUUAUCUGCUUAC